UUCACUUCCUUAUGAGAUGUUCAGGCGUGUUCUGUGGGAGUGGGACUGACCGUAUUCCCUGUCUCAUGCUAAUACAAGAAGUCGAAACUGUCCCGUCGAAGAAACCAGUCAAUCUUGUGAGGCUUUAUUUUUUUUUCUUCAGGUAGGUAGCCUACAACUUAUCAAGUAAAAUCACUGAUGUCGUAUUCUGUGGAGUUUUUGUUAUGGAGUUUGGCUUUUAAGAGCGCACGUUCACUCUUCAUUGGACUUCAGAGAAAGUGGUAAAAGGCCACAGGUGAGCUUCAGGUCCUGGUUAUCUUCAUCAUGUGUUAAUAACAGCAGUGACAUCCUGUCACCUCAGGCUACAUAGGACUGUGGAGAUGUUCAUCAGCCCCAGGACCUUGUUAAAGUGUGUCUGGUUGCAGAUACAUUUGACCUGUGCCCUAAAAACAUGUCCUGCGAUCCCGCAAAUGAACAUAAACUUCUCUGUUGCCUACUCUGUCUCUUUUUUCCAAACUACAAAAUCCAUACAGAACAUAGUUGUCAAGGAAAUUUUUGACGAAGUUUAUGUAGCGUCUCAAAAUGUUGUUGAAGCCUUGGACAAAAAUCUCACUAAACUAUGGGAAGUAAGAACUGGUCCAGUUGGCAGUCCAGACUGUCAGACCUGUCACUGUGAAAUUGAGAAUGAACCUGGAACUUCACUGGACACAGAUAAUCAAGUUCUUGUUUUAGAGCCUCAUGGCCAUCUUGACUUCCUGUACAUCUGUGGGAGCACCCAGUAUGGAGUCUGUAACAUUCUUGAACUUAAUGAAGGCCUAAAACCUAACCCUGAAUGUUUUUUUAAUGCAAAAGCCAACUCGCGCUCGGAUUGUCCUGACUGUGUUGCUAGUCCUCUGGGAACAAAGGUCAGUGCAGUCAAAGAUGGUUUUUCAACGUACUUCUUUACAGCAGCUACCAUCAAUACUACAAUUGCCAGGACUUUCGGCAAGCCCUCUCUUUCCAUUCGCCGCAUACUUAACACAGAAAAUGGUUUUGACAGCCAAAGGAAGGAUCUAACAGUUCUUCCCAAAUUCCAGGAUACAUUUACCAUUGACUACAUCUAUACGUUCUCCACGGAAAAAUAUGUGUAUUUCUUGUCUGUACAGAGAGAGAGCCCUAUGAAAACAAACGCCAAGUUGCAGACCCAUCUUGGGCGUCUGCCGAUCAGUGACAGCGAGUUUUGGAUGUACAGGGAGAUCGUUCUGGAAUGCCGCUUUGAACCCAAACGCCGGAGAAGGAGCUAUAGGGAUGUUGUGUACAACUUGGUUCAAGCUGCUCACUUCAGUACAGCAGGCAAGGAGCUGGCCGAUGACCUAGGGGUGAAGAUGGAAAGCCCAAUUCUGUAUGGGGUGUUUGCUGUAUCAGAUCAAAAUGGGAAUCCUAUCAGCCAGUCUGCCUUGUGUGCAUUUCCAAUAGACGACGUGAACAGUGCCAUAGAAAAGGGAUUAGAGUCCUGCUGCUCAAGUGGGACGGAGCAACUCUCACGGGGAUUGUGCCAUUUACAGUCCUGUGAAAUGUGCCCACAUGAGAAUCCAGACGAUUUGACUUGCAAAGCUCUUCCCACCAUGGUGGCCAUGCCUUACUACAGAGUGGACUUCUUCAAUGGAAAGAUGAACAAUGUUCUCUUCACUUCUAUUCUGGUCACCACCAUUGAGACCAAGACUGUGGCACACAUCGGCACGGAUCAUGGGAGGCUCUUGCAGGUCAUUCUGAGCAAAUCAGUCCCUGUAGUGUUUGCCAACUACUCUCUUGUGGAAGAAAAGCAGAGCGUUUCACGAAUGGCUGCCAUUCGUUCUUCCGAGUCUCUGCUCUUUGUUGUUGGAAACAAGCUGAUAGAUGUGUCUCCCAGAGGUCCAGGCUGUGCCCAUUUCCUCAACUGUUCAGUCUGUUUAGCGGCGCCCGAGUUUAUGGGAUGUAGCUGGUGUGGUGGAGUCUGUUCCCAAAAGUGUGAAGAUCAGUGGAGUAGCAUUUCCUGCCCGCCUGUGAUCACCCAGUUUUUCCCCAGUACAGUGCCCAUAAAUGGUAAGAGUGACCUUACUCUCUGCGGCUGGGACUUCCAAUCAGCUUCCCGACCUGCUAUCACUCAAACUUCUCACCAGGUUAAAGUGGGAAAUAACAACUGCACUGUUAUACCAGAGAAAAGCAGUAGCUCCCAGCUGGUGUGUAGGAUUGAAGGUGAAGUGUCAGGCCUGGAGCAGAGUGUUGAUAUAACAAUGGAAGUGAAUGAAAAAAGAGUGGGAAGUGGAUACUUCAUCUUUGGGAAGGCUAGCAUACAAGACUUCGGUUUUGUGACCCCAGAAAUCACAGAUAUCAAUCCAAACUUUGGACCUAAGAUUGGAGGAACCCUGGUCACCCUGUCUGGAAAACAUCUGGAUGCGGGUGGAAGCAGAACGGUCAUCCUUGGAGACAGAAUUUGCCCUGUUGAAAGCAUCUCCAGCAAUGGAACAUCUAUCAUUUGCAGGUCUGAAAGUGUUGAGGAGACUUCAGAAGUAGAUGUGAAGGUUGUAAUUGAUGAAACAACUAUUUCAGCCUCAAAAACCUUUAGCUACAUGGUGAAUCCUGAGGUGACGGAUGUGAAGCCCAACUGCGGUUUUAGAAGAGGGUCCAAAAUAACCAUCACUGGGCAGAAUCUGGACUCUGUUUCCCAGGCCGUCAUUAACUACAGAGUCAACAACACAAGACCAGUGCAAACUGUGUGUGUUGGUCAAAGGAAUCCCACCCAGAUGGAAUGUAAAAUCCCAGUAUGUGAGGAGUCAUCAGGAAUUCUUUCUGUCGAUUUGGAUGGAGCCAAGGAACUCCUGUCUCAGACUUUUACCUGCCAUGCUGAUGGGGAGCCCAUCCCAUUUGAAACAGAUGGCCAUGUGCUUGAGCUCACACCAGGGCAGGAUGAAGUCUCAUUGCAUCACAAAAAACUGACCCUGGUGUCCGGUUGCAUGGAAAUCCUCAUGACAAUUAAUGGAGUGGAUUGCAAAGCUAAAGUUCUGGACAAUGAAAUCACCUGUCGGAUCCCCAAAAAUCUGACAAUCCCUAGCCAGGGGGCGCCAGUCAAGCUGUUUGUGAAUGGAGAAGAAUAUGACAUUGGUGUGGUAAUUACUACAAAGAAUAAUUUUAUUUUGGGCAUGGUGCUGGGCAUCAUAGCUGCAGUUUGCGUGGGGGCAGCUCUGGCCUACGUAGCCAUGGCACAUGAGCGCAAGAGAAAGAAAGCUGCACUUGCUCAGGUUCGACUAUCCAUGCAUUCAUCUCGCACGGCAGUGGAGAAUUAUGACAGAUCACCUGAUGGUGACUACAGAAGAGGUCUGUCAGUUUCUCCAUUCCAAGCCUCGAGCACAACGUUCUCCAGUCCUACGAUGGACUCUGCAGCAGCUCCUUUGAUGCCAUCUCAGACGAUCUCUAUGUCUGCUCUCCGGCCAGAUCUAUUGGAGGAGGUGAAGGAUGUUUUGAUCCCACCUAAGAAGGUCAAAAUCCAGCAUGACCAAAUCAUUGGCAAAGGUCAUUUUGGAACGGUGUAUCAUGGAUAUCUUAUUGAUAGUGGUGAUAAAGAGAUUCACUGUGCUGUCAAGUCACUCAAUAGGAUCACUGAUCUGGAGGAGGUGGAGCAGUUUUUAAGAGAAGGAAUCUUUAUGAAGGCCUUCCACCACCCCCAUGUCCUGUCUCUCCUGGGCAUUGUGCUCCCCAGUGAUGGACUUCCCCUGGUGAUCCUCCCAUACAUGAAACAUGGAGACCUCCGGCAUUUCAUCCGCUCUACACAGAGGAAUCCCACUGUGAAGGACCUGGUUGGCUUUGGUCUUCAAGUUGCCAAAGGAAUGGAGUAUCUUGCAAACAAGAAAUUUGUGCACAGAGACCUUGCUGCACGCAACUGCAUGCUGGAUGAGUCCUUUACAGUGAAAGUGGCUGACUUUGGCAUGGCACGAGAUGUCUAUGAUAAGGAAUACUACAGCAUCCAGGACAGCAAGAGAGCAAAGCUGCCAGUCAAAUGGAUGGCUUUAGAAAGUCUGCAGACACAGAAAUUCACCACUAAAUCAGAUGUGUGGUCUUAUGGAGUAUUGAUGUGGGAGAUGAUGACAAGAGGGGCCAGUCCAUAUCCUGAUGUGGACCCGUAUGACAUUACAGCAUAUCUGAUGCAAGGCCGUCGACUGCCACAGCCACAAUACUGCUUUGAUUCCAUGUGGUCCGUCCUGAUGCAGUGCUGGCAUCCUGAGCCUGAGAAGAGACCAGGUUUCUCAACGCUCGUACAAGCCAUUCAAGAGAUCCACUCCGACCUAGAGGGGGAACAUUACGUCAACCUCCAGAUCAACUAUGUGAAUCUAGACCAGCCGCGGCCCUACUCCUCACUCUCCCCGGCCCCACCCGCACACUCGGACCACUCUUCUUCCACCUGACCCUAGUCCCAAAUGAAGUCUGAGCUGCCUUCAUCCUGUGGAUUCAACGGCUCACAUAGUCCUGUGAAGUUUGAUAACCAAAGAGCAUGCACUGAAGAUUAUCUGCUGUAUUUGGAGAAUCCCAAUGUGUGUCCAGCCAAAGACAGUGCACAUUCUUUGUGUGCCUCUGUAAUGGUCAUGCUACUGUGAACUAGUUUCACAGCCGAAUUGGUGUCUUAUGGGACAUUAACAAUUUCUGGACGAGUGCACUUUUUAAAUGAAUGCAAGUCUUUUGUUGUGUUUUAUACAUUUUUAAAGCACAUGAAAUUGUUUAUUACCCUGAUAACAACUGAAUCAUCUGUUAUUGCUCAUACAACACUGUUCUAUCCGGAAGAGUCUAGCAACAGGCCAUUUUUUUAU